CUUCCAAGAAAACAAAAUUGGCAGCACAGUUUGUUCCUUUUCAUUUUUUUCGGCAUGCUUGAUUUUUUAGGGGUUGAAGUUAGCUAGCACCAACUGGGAAAGGAAUCCCAUAAGUGGGAGAAAGGCUGUCGUGUUGUUAGGGAGUGCUCUUCAGCCUAAGUGAUUAGCAGCAUUUAGCCUCUAAAAAUAACUUGUGAGCAGAGUUUGUAGUCAGGUCCAAUUUCAGUUGUAGAGUCCCCUGCUGUGCAGGGGCUGGCCAGUCUCAAGCUCUGGGAGGCAAGUGCAUGCAGUGUCCCUCAGACCUGUCAGUAGUACUUUUGAGUUGUUUGGCGUUUUUUUUUUUUUUUUUAACUUUAGCAUUUAUUAUUCAUGGAUUGAAGAAAUCGAAAUGGCUGAAGAUAAAGAGACAAAGCACGGAGGACACAAGAAUGGGAGGAAAGGAGGACUCUCUGGAACUUCAUUCUUCACGUGGUUUAUGGUGAUUGCCUUGCUGGGUGUCUGGACAUCUGUAGCUGUGGUUUGGUUUGAUCUUGUUGACUAUGAAGAAGUUCUAGCCAAAGCAAAGGACUUCCGUUAUAACUUAUCAGAGGUGCUUCAAGGAAAACUAGGAGUCUAUGAUGCUGAUGGUGAUGGAGAUUUUGAUGUGGAUGAUGCCAAAGUUUUAUUAGAAGGAUCCAGUGGGGUAGCCAAGAGAAAAACUAAGGCUAAAGUUAAAGAACUCACUAAAGAAGAGCUCAAGAAGGGAAAAGAGAAACCUGAGUCAAGGAAGGAAAGUAAGAACGAAGAGAGAAAAAAGGGGAAGAAAGAAAAAGAGGAUGAUGGAAAGGAUAAGAAGAUUGCUGAUGCAGACCUCUCCAGGAAGGAGUCUCCUAAGGGUAAAAAGGACAGAGAAAAAGACAAAGUGGACCUAGAAAAAAGUGCUAAAACCAAGGAAAAUAGGAAAAAAUCAACAAAUAUCAAAGAAGUUUCUAGUAAAAUGGCAUCCAGAGACAGAGAUGACAGAAAGGAAAGUAGAAGUUCUACCAGAUAUGCACACUUAACAAAGGGAAAUAACCAGAAAAACUAAAGCUCUGGCAUCAUCAUCCCAGAACACGGUCAUGUUCCAGAUGACAAUUUGUUGUGGAAAAGCAUGGAAAAUGUAGUAUUGCUCUGGUCGGUGAAGGUGUGUAAAUUAGCCAUUGAAUGUAUUAUUGGUGCUGAGCAAGUAAAUUAUCUGAAAUUUAAAUAUACCGUCUCAGGCUUCUAAACAUAAAAACAUUUUGAAAAUAUGUCACAGAAUAUGAUGUAAUAACUUCUAUUUAUUGAUCAUGUAUUCAGGCAAAUGUAUAUGUAUCAUGAAUUUUUAUGUAUUAUAUUGAAUACUUUCAUUGACAUUAAAUAAGAAUAUUAAGAUUUUAAAUAUUAUUUUCUGUGCAGAAUAUCUUGUAACUUUUUCAGAUGUGCUAAAUACUCAGGGAGAUAGGAUUUGCCCUUUGUUGUCUCCCUCCUUUUCCUUCCUGCUUCCCUGUUUUUUUGCAGGCACCUCCCCAGACUCAUGUGCCACCUCCUUCCCUGAGUUCCUCCCUUCAGGCUUUUCACAGGUUCUCCUUACUCUUUUCCCUCUCUCUCUCCUUUUCUACUUAACCUUCCGCAGUCUUUUGCUCUCUCGUUUCCUUCGCUCCUCACCUCACCCCUGCCCCUCACCUCACCCCUGCCCCUCACUCCUGCAUACUUCUCACUCCUGACCUCCCUACAACCACCCCACCUUUCUGUCAUCCGACACAUACUUGGUGCCUACCGUAUGCCACGUACACUGCUCGGGGAACUCUGGCCAUAGCCAUGAAUAAAAGGGAGAAUUAUAUUUAGAAGAAAAAGCUCAGAACACUUUUAUUUAUGAUACCUUUGUACUCUUAGACUAACUAUAGAAAGGUUUUAAUUAUUUCAGAUUAGGAUGUACUUUCAUUUUUUAUCACAGUUUUCCAUUAUUUUGGUUGAAUGGCAUACAUUUUUCAUAUUUGAUUGCAUCAUUAUUUACCAUUUCUAAGGAAUUGCAAAUGUAAUCUCUAACUAGAGGUCAGAAUUUAACAUCUUAGAAAAUAUUUAAUAAAGUGAAGUUUUAGUGAGAUACAGUUCUACAAAUGGUUUGUACUAUUCUGUGCCUCAAAUAUUAUGUAUCUAAUUGUGACUACUGUGAAAUGCAGUUAGUUGAUAAUGAUACAUUGUUGUGUAGCAUUUUUGAUUCUGUUAUUGUUAACCUUAUUUGUUAACAACAGAAUCAAAAAUGCUACUACAAAGAUUUUAUUUUUAAAUAAAUUUUUAAUAAUAGAAUCAAAAAUCCUACCCCAAAGAUUUUAUUUUUAAGAAAAGAUUUAUUUACUUUUUUAUGAAGAUCUUAAAAAUAGAGGCUUUUGGCUUAAAGAUAUUUCAACUCAGAAAUGAGGACACGUAAGUGUAAAUAUUUCUAAAUGGAUUGUACAUCUUUUUCUUAUGUUAACGCCUUUUACUAUUUAAAGUCAAAUACUUUACAACAUUUAAUUGACAGAAAUUUCAAGUUAAUAGAAUUAUAUAACAGAUGAAAUACUAGAGAAUAGCUAAUAUCUCUAAUAUAAUCCUGUUUUUUACUGCUUAAAAGCUAAGGGCUGAAGAUAUUAUAAUGUGAUAACUUGGAGUUUUAUGUUUUGAUUAGUCAGGAUUUUGCCAUUUUUUAUAGAUUACAACAACAUAGUAAACCAAAAAGGGAAUUUUACGGCUGCUUUGUUUGGCAGAUACAGGAAACUAACUUCAGAUGACUAGAUACCACAUCCAGACCUGGAAUCAGAGCUCUUUUUCUUCUUAGCUCACUCUGCAGGCCUUAACUGUGCUAGUUUCUGCCUGACUUACUCUAUUUGGAGAUCCUACCACUUGAUAACCAAGAUGGCCCUAGGCAGGCUCCAGACCAGUCUUUCCAGUUUACCAAGCCCAGUGCAGAUGCCUCUGGGAGAGAGAAUUCCAGGUGGCCUGGUUAAGCCUGGUGAACAUCUGGGACCAUUUUUGUAGUUGAGGAUGGUGAAUCUUCCCAGGUGCACACCUGUGCACAAAGCUUUGGAGUGGGAGUUGAGUGGGUCCCACCCAGACUCCAUCAAACGUAGGGCAUCUGGGACAAGAAAGUGAGGCUUUGAGAACUGGACGGAACCAGAAGCAGGAACAUGUCCCCCAGGCUUAUGAAAGUUGUGUGAUUCUCAAACCAUAUCUUGGUGUUAGAUCUUUCUCCUAAGAUAAAUGGAGUGGUUUUUUUUUUUAUCUUUUCUCCUAAGAUAAAUGGAAUGUAUAAAAUUUUAAGUGCUGUCUUCUCUAAAGAUUGUUUGUUCUCCCUUGAAGAAGGGCAAACAAUUAUAAGUGAAUUUGUUGAAGCAUCCUAGCAAUUUUUACCUUAGUUUUUAAGUUCAAUGGCUAUGGGGCAGAAAAUGCAUAAAUACUAAAUUCUAAAUAAUGAGUGAAAAUAUUUUUGGAAUAAGCUGAUCAUCAUAAGCACAUAAGAAUUGUCUAUUGCUAUUUAGUAAAGUACUUCGGAAUGUUUUGGCUAUAUCGUUGAUUUCUUCUUUGAGUGUUAGCUCAAGAAUUGAAACACCUCAGCUAAACAUUUAAAGAUCUUUAAAAGCACUUGUACACUAGAACUUGAUUUAUUUUUUCCUUCUCUCUUCUUUCCUUCUUUUGUUUCUUUCUCUUUUCUUUCUUUUUGUAACUGUUUCAACUGACUUAUUGAUGUUAGAGUCACACUUUAUCCAACUGCAUUAGUAAUUAAGCUUCAGCUAAAUCGAAACCAGCUCUGAGUGGUGGUUAGUGGGUUAAAACCAUGUUUGGCACUCUCACUUUUACAUUUUGUAUUGAAUAGGUUGUUAUUUCUGUAUCGUUUGCUUCAUAUUGUUUUCCAAGUUUAAUUAAAACCAGAAAGGUUGCCUUUUUAAAUAAGCCAGUUGCAUCAGGGACAAAAAAUUCAUAAUAAGUAGCUGGGAGUCAGAUGUUGUUUUCGGGAAGACUUGAAAAGGGAAAAUUAGGUAGUGAAAAUGUAAGUUUAUUUUGCCAUAUCCGUAACAACAAUUGAUUUAAAUAUUAUGAUAUGAUACUUACAAAUCUUUUGAAUGAUAUUUUGGCAUGUUUUUCCUUAAACUUUGUAAGGUAACAUUUCACAUUUUCAUAGCAUAGUCUUUGUUAAGGUAGUCAAUUUUUUGAAAAUAUUUGAGUGCCAAUCAAUUUUUCCAAGGAUCUUCUAUCCUUUAGUAUUCAGAUACUUCCUUUUGAAGCACUUCCAUCAUCCUUGAAUUUUUUCUUCAUUUUUUGUGUUAUUUAGUUUCUGUUUUAUUUCCUAAUGGCUUUGUAUGUGAAUGAAUUUUAGUUAUUCCUAACAUCAUUGGUAGUCAUUUUUUUGAAUUUUUUUUAAGCAAGAUUUUCAGUUUUACCGUCUGGGUGAUUUGCAUUGUGUAUAGAUGAUCCUCUCAAAGUUUCACAUUGAGAGAGAGACUGAUGAAGAAAUUGAUAUAAAUCAAUCAGCAUGAACACUAUCCAGGGGAGGACUUGAGUUAAUUCUAUAGGUGAUUGCUUUAUUGAGAAUAUUUUGUAUUAUGACCCGCUUAGCUAUGCAAGUUUGUAACUUCAGAGGUUCUCAUAAUGAUACGUGGAUAAUAAAGAUUCUCCAUAGACACUUGAUUGAAAAAACAGGGAGUAAAGAAGAAUCAUAUUUUAUUUCAAAUGGGUCUGGUGACUUAGGCUAUAUCCCCUGACACUGAUUUCUUUUUCCUAUGUCCUCAAUUGUUUCCUCUCCUGUUAAUGCCCAUGGGUAAUAAUUCUCAAAACUGAUUGCUCAGAAUGUUUCAUUGUAAAAUGCAUCUUGGUUGUUUUCCUCAUUUGUAAAUUGAAGGCAAUGCUGUUCCUCAGCGUGGUUGUGGGAAGUAGCUGGCGUUGCAUAUGUGUAAACAGCAGCCACGUUGUUCGGCAUUCGCUGUCCCUUUUUCAUGGGUAUGAUGAUAAUAGUAAUAAUUCAGCCAAGAUGUCUCAGUCGGGUUCAAAACUUGGAAGCAUUGAAACCGAUUCCUUUUCCAACUUUGGCCAACAGAUUGCAAAACAAAUACUUAAGUCAUUUAUCCUUUGUAGUGAAUGUGUCUUUGUGAAAUGAGUAUAUUGGAGCCUGAUUUAUUCUGCUGAGAUCAUUGAGGGGGCAAAUGCAAAUAAUUAUAAAUGCUAUACAUGUGUGAAGCCAUAAGAAUGCCUAGUUUUUAAAAGAAUAUUGUGACAAUAUAAAAAUGCAAGAUAUAAAGGCUAGAAAAAAGUUAUGAAAUAAACUGUAAUAUUAAGUAUAUAGUAUAAGCAAUAAGCCCAAUGAUCAGCCUAAUUGUGGAAAAUGUAGUUUGUUUUUUAUUCAGAGCACAUUUUUCCCAUAGAUAUGAUUUUAUGGUCUUCAGAGAUUUUUUUUUCUUUUACUCUGGCACACACAAAUUUACUUAAUUCUAAUAUCCUGUUCUUCACGUCUUACUGUAACUAUGUUUCUAUGUAAAAUGAAUUUAUCAUUCUUCCUUUGGAUAUUAGGAAUAUAUUUAAUUUUACUUCUGAAUGUUCUCCAGAAUUUCUUCGGUUACGUCCAUGGUAUUAAAUUCAUUCAGAUAGCUUACAUGGACAAAAAACCAUGGAUUGGCUCCCCUGAUUGUAAAGCCCAGGGGUAAUUUUGGCUUUUUUCUUUGUUAUGCUGGAUCUAGGUGCUCAAACAAUGUUCUCAGCCUCUGUCUGUGGACUCUCAGGAAUGUUGGCUUCCUUCUCAGGCAGAGUCUCAUGUGUUCAUCUUCAACCUUCCUCCUUAUGGAGUAGGGGAUAAGAAAGCUGUGAUUGCUGACACACUGGGAUAUGUGAGCGCCCACUCUUAAACUGUUGGGUAAAGAAAAAUUGGAUUCCCCUAAGGAAGUUAGUGUUUUCACUAGAAGAAGUAGGAAUUGAUGCAGGGCGGGAAUAGGUGUUUGCACACCACUCUUCAUCUGCGCUGAAAGCAGACAGAUGAUGGAGUUUGUUUCCCCUUUUUCUACCCAUUCCAUUUCUUCUUCUUCCCCUGCCCAGAUACAGAGAGGUGAAUGGGAUGGGCCAAAAUAGAUAUUUCAGAAUAAGAAGGUGUGUACCUAAACACUGGGUACUCAUGGGCAUAAAGAUGGAAACAAGACACUAGAGCUUCUAGAGAGGGGAGAGAGGGAGACAAGGGUUGAAAAACUGUUAGGUACUAUGCUCACUACCUGUGUGAUGAAAUCAUUUAUAUUCUAAAUUUCAGUAUCACAUGAUAUACCUAUGGAACAGACCUGCACAUGUGCUCCUUGAAUUAAAUAGAAGUUACAUUUAAAAAUUAUAUUUAAAAUUAUAUUUAAAAAUUUAAAAAGCUUUGGAGAAGAGAGAGAUCUUAUUCCAAACAAUUAUUGGUCAAACAAUAAUUUUAGCCCGCUGAAAGAAUGUAAGAGAAUACUGACAUAAUAAAUGUUGCCAUUUAGAUAUCAGGUAAUGAAGUUUAUUUUGUUGUUAAGCUCUCUGUUUUUGCCCCUGUUCUGUUUAAAAUGAGAAUUUUUGUGUUCAGGAAACUAAAGGAUGAGUGUUAUGUAGCAGACCCAUAAGAUUAUUUUCAUGAAAAUCUUGUUUGGGCUGAUCUGAAAGAUUCCUCAAUAACAAUCUUUUGUCUCUUAUCCUUUCUUCUCCAUUUGCCUAAGAAUAUAAUUGCAUAAGCUAAAUGUUUGUUCCCUGUUUGGCCAUCAUUUCUAUAUAGGAAUCAAUGUCUGGAAGAACUCUAUAAACCAUACAAAGCAGAAAGUCAUCCAUUUUUUUUCUUUGUUUUUAUUUACUACCCCACUUGAUUUCACUUUUUGUAUCUAUGUAUUGCCCCAUAUUAAGUCAGGUAUGCAUAUGUCAUAGAGGUCUGCCUCUUGUUUUCAUCUUCUUUGCCUUACAUAUUACUUGUCUUUUAUCCUAUUAGAGGAAGACGAUCUAUGCUUAAAGCCAUUGUUAUUUUUGAUAAUUAUAUAAUACCAACAUGCUGUGUCUAUAGUUCCCAUUUAUUGACUCAGCUAAUAUUUCUGAGUAUCUGCAGCAUGCCAAGGACUGGGCAAGGCAUGGAGGAUACAAGAGAUUGAGGUGGCUCCUAUCCCUGCAGUGAAAUGAUAUGAAAUAAGCAAGGGACCAAAAGAGAAAGUAAUGAGACUAGAGUGACUGUCAGUACGGCCCGCUACUCCCUCCAUCUAGAACGUGCUCCCGCUCUGUGUGGUGGGCUGCCUUUGUCUCUCCCAUGGGACCCAACCCAGUCAUCACCUCUGCAGUCAGACGUCUCUGACCCUCCCAAGUGGCUGCACUUGGCACACUUCUGUUAUCACACUCAUCAUCUUGCCUCAUUCCUAGACUUUGCUGCCAGACUACGAGUUAUCUCCAGCACCUGUCCUAGUAACUGACACUAAUAGGCAUUCAAUGUUUGUUUAUUGAAUGGCGAAUAUACAAAACAAAUUAUCUAAAAAUAUUUAAGGUCUGUAUAUACUGUUGAAGAAUAUUAGGAAGAAGAAAGCUGUGUGUGUGUGUUUUUAAAGAACCCAAAAGAUUGUUCAAUAAUUGCAGUGUUUUAACUUCCUUGGGAGUUGCCUGUAACUGUGUUUAUGUUGCUGUGUGUACAUGUGCAAGAGGUGGGCAGGGAGGGAAUUUAAAGAUUUUUUUAGAAGAAAAUAAAAGGUAAAUUUUUGGAAAAAUACUUAUUAUCUCAUUUAAUUCUUAAAGCCCUUCCAAGGGGUCCUGUUUUGUCCUCUUUCUGCAUUUGUGGAAACCAAAAAGUGUAGUUGUUUCCACUGACAUGGAGUUCAAAUGGAAUUCAAAGACAUACUCUUGUCCCAGGUGCCCAAACUCUUACACACUAUGUUGAGUUGCAUGCCCUUUAAUUGCGUUUUUUAUGAAUCCUCUCUCUUCGGUGUUUGUGGAGUCCCUUCAUUGGUGCUGAAACCAGGCUCUUGGGAACCUUACUGCCAGUGUUUAAUUCUCUUGUAAUUUAUGUCUGUUUGAAAUCUGUCUGUCCAUCUUACGUUACGUAAAGAUGCUUUGAAUCUGGAAUGGCUCUUACUGCAUAUCAUGGGGUAGCUCUGAGUAUCUGGUAGUCUCAGAAUUUUGAUAAGUUCUGGGACUGCUGUUGGUAAACUAAGAAGGCUCUGUGUUCACUAAUUAUAUAAGCCAGGAGCAACAAUGAGGAUUAGCAUGGUUACCUAGUAAGCAUACCUUUCUGGCGUAUUGAUUUUCAGAAUAUUUCUCAAAUUUCAUGUACCUGUGAGCCUUAAUCUGGGGGUAAAUUGAUUUAUACUGCUAGACUACUUGCAAUUGAAACAGUACCACUUCUGAGCAAUUACUCUUCACAGAUAACCAUAGCCAGAGUAACCCGGAUUGGUAUGGAUAUAUUUUCCUUCAUCCAUACACCUUUGAAUUAGUAAACCAAAGAUUAAAAUAUUAAUUUAAAAAAAACUUUUUAGCUUUUUAUGGGCUUUGUGUAUGAAAUUCUGUGAAACAAAAUAAGUUUAUAAUUGUUCCCCAGGUUUUGUUGAGGGAGUGGCUUCCUUCUAACUCUCAUGAGAAGUAAAUACUUCGUGUUCCCUCAAGUCACAGCCCUUGGAUCCAGCAUCCAGGGCCUUUCUGAAAUGCACACCUCUCCUGGUGCCUCAGCCACCUUUCUUCUCCUUGGCAUCAAAUAUGUUCCUGUUGAGGAAUUUUGUACAGUCACAUGCCACAUGAUAAUGUUUUGGUUAAGGGUGGACUGCAUGUAUGAUGGUGGUCCCAUAAGAUCAUAGUACCAUAUUUAUACGGUAUCUUUUCUGUGUUUAGAUACACAAAUACUUUGUGUUACAGUUGUCUGCUAUAUUCGGUACAGUACAUGCUGUACAGUUGUGUAGCCUGGGACCAAUAGGAUAUGGCAUAUUAUCUAGGUGUGUGGCAGGCUAUACCCUCUAAGUUUGCCUAGGCACACCGUAAUGUUCCCACAAUGGUGAAAUUUCCUAAUGGCACAUUUCAACAAACAUUUCUCAGAAUGUAUCCCUGUCAUUAAGCAACACAUGACUGUACUUGCUGUUCCCUACCUGAAACACACAUGAAACUUACAUAGCCACAGUCCUGAUUCCCUUCAGGGUCUGUUCACAUGUUAUCAGUGAGUCCUUCUGCCAAAGUAUUACGAAUAGUUCCCACCCUCACUUUUCCCUAAUGUUCACCCUGUUCCAUGUCUUUCCUGUACCUCUGUCCCCAUCCAAUAUACUCUAAAUAGUUCAUGUUUCUUAUUUUUAUUUUUUUGAUAUGGAGUCUCACUCUUGUCUCCCAGGCUCUAGUGCAGUGGUGCCAUCUCAGCUCACCACGACCUCUGCUACCCGGGUUCAAGUAAUUCUCUUGCCUCAGCCUCCUGAGUAGCCUGGAUUACAUGUGUGUGCCACCACACCUGGCUAAUUUUUUGUGUGUAUUUUUAGUAGAGACGGGGUUUCACCAUGUCGGCCAGGCUGAUCUCGGCCCUUGUGAUCUGUCUGCCUUGGCCUCCCAAAGUGCUGGAUUACAGGUGUGAGCCACCAAACCUGGCCCAUGUUUCUUAUUUUUUUAAAUUGCUCUCUCCCCUGGAAGGUAGGUAUGUUGUUCUCAUUUACUAUAGAAUAGUUCCUUAAAUUAAGGUGCAUCUGAUGUGCCAAAGAACUAAAACCAAGGUAUGUUUUAAGGGAAUUAGUGUAUUUUCCAAAUCAUGUUGUGGCCAUUGCUGUGGUCUGGCAGUUUCUAUUCACCCUAUAAUGACUGGAAGGCAGCAGUGGACACCCUGUUCCUCUUGCCAGCGAAGGAAUGGAAGUGGGCCCCAGUCCUGAUGAUAAACACUGAAAGGGAAGACUGUCAGUAGCCUCUGGAAAAGAUUUCCUCGAGCCUAAGAAAGAAACAGAGCAAGAGAUGGUCCUUUUGCUUCUGGGCAUCGCCUUGUCUGAAAAAGAAGCUUGCAGCUUGGGAGCUCUGAUUGCCAGCCUGAGAAUGAAGCUUGGCCUGUGAGCCAGCCACCCGCCUACAAACUUCAUGUUUAGUUAGAUGAUAAAUUUCCUUCCUGCUCAACCAUUGUAAGCUGGCAUUUUGUUAAAUGCAGCCCCAGGAACAUCAGAACUGACACAUCUCAUGUCAUAACCUAAUUUUGAAUAUUUAUUUCAUUGUUACAUCAUUGCCACUUGUACCUCAUAAUAAAUCCAUUUCGAAAACCUUU